CCCGGAGACGUGACAGCUAGCCCGAUAUCCGUAGCCUCCCUGAUCUCCUGCGGCCCCUUCAUCAUGCGAAUCCCAGACUCUCUCCUUCAUCUCCCGUAAACCGCCCUCCCUCCGACCCCAACGUCUCUCGCGUUCCACCGGCGACGGUAGCACAAGAUGCCCCGCUCGCUAUGGCUGAUCCCCCGGAUCCUGCUGGCCGGCCUCAUGAUCUACGGCUUCCUCUGGGUGAGGUCCUUCCCGCGCACCUGGGACGACGCGCCCGCCAAACAGGCCCCCAAGCAAGACGCCGGCAAGAAAGGCGGCCACAACCAUCCGCCAGACCACAAGGCGAAGCCCAAGCCGCCCCCAGCCAACCCGGAGAAGGUCGUCGUGUCGAUUAAGACGGGCGCGACCGAGGCGUUCGACAAACUGCCCUCGCAGCUCCUCCUUACCGACUCGAAAUACCUCUCCAACUUGCUCCUCUUCUCCGACCUCGAGCAGGACAUCGGCGCGUUCCACCUGCACGAUGUGCUCUCCAACAUCUCGGAGAAGCACACGGUCAAUAACACCGACUUCGACCUCUACCGCCAGCAAUACGAGUACUGGGCACUAGGCCUCGACAUCGGCGCCCUCAAGUCGGUGCCGGACCCAAACCCCGAUUGGCGCACAAAAGGGCAUAACGCGGCAUGGGCGCUGGAUAAAUACAAGAACCUGCACAUGCUGCAGCGCGCGUGGCAAUACCGUCCCUCACGGCACUGGUACCUCUUCAUCGACACAGACACGUACGUCUCCCGAAGAAACCUCUACGAGUGGCUGGGCCAGCACGACCACACGAAGCCGUGGUACUUUGGCGUGCCGACCCAAAACCCCCACUUCAAGGACGGCGACACGUACCCCUUCGGGCACGGCGGCAGCGGCUUCGUGCUCUCUGGGGAGGCGAUGAAGCGGUUCGCCGUGGACAAGGCCGGGAUACCACAGCGGUGGGACAAGCGGAUAGCCAAGAUGUGGUUUGGAGACUACGUCACCGCCGCUGCCUUGCACGAGGAGCUCGGGCUCAACAUCACGAGCUCGUUCCCCGAGUUCAGCGGCAUGAAGCCCUCCACCAUCCCGUACAGCGCCGAGCUGUGGUGCGGGCCGGUGGUCGCGCUACACCACGUCCGGCCGGAGGAGAGCUGCGCUAUGUGGCAGUUCGAGCGCGAGAGAGAAGGGAAACGCGCCCCGAUGACCUUUCAGGAGCUGUGGAAGAAAUUCAUCAAGACGGAAGAGCUCGGCGAACCGCGGGAGGACUGGGACAAUCUCUCCUCGGAUUUCUCGAAUGUGAAGUGGAACAUCGUCUUCAAGAAGAAGGACGAGAAGCCCAAGGCCAAGCGCUCAGAGGCCGAGGAAGCGGGCAAGGAAGAGCCCGCCUCAGACGAUCCCGACGAGUCGUUUGAGGCCUGCGAGAAGGCGUGCGCAAUGCACGAGAACUGCAUGCAGUAUUCCUUCUCCAACUCCACGGCGCCGAAUUUCAACAAGAACGGCGAGACGAAGUGCCAUCUCAGCAGCAGCUUCAGAGUGGGCUCAAUGCGGGAGCCGGACCAAAUUGUGAGCAAGAAGAACCCAACUAUUUGGCGGAGCUGGAAGAGCGGGUGGAGGAGAGAUCGCUUCGAGCUGUGGGCUGCCCAGCAGAAGUGUGGGGAAUAGGUUGGAGAUGUGGAUGGUAUACCCCGUGGCGCUGUAUCUGAGCGUGUAUAAUCAUGUAUAGACUAAUUUGGCUGGAGUUUGAGGAUGACAUGAGGGCCUUUUGGUUAAUGUAGUGUCAGUAGUAUAGCGGAGCCCUAUGUCCUGUGGGAUGGGGAUUCUGAGAUUUCUAUAAAUGAAUGGUUUUAGUCUCCUA